AUGGCGGAUGAGGCUACCCGGCGUGUGGUGUCAGAGAUCCCGGUACUGAAGACUAACGCCGGUCCCCGAGAUCGGGAGUUGUGGGUGCAGCGACUCAAGGAAGAAUAUCAGUCCCUUAUCCGGUAUGUGGAGAACAACAAGAAUGCGGACAACGAUUGGUUCCGACUGGAGUCCAACAAAGAAGGGACUCGAUGGUUUGGAAAAUGCUGGUACAUCCAUGACCUCCUCAAGUAUGAAUUUGACAUCGAGUUUGACAUUCCUAUUACAUAUCCCACUACUGCUCCAGAAAUUGCAGUCCCUGAACUAGAUGGAAAAACAGCAAAAAUGUACAGGGGUGGCAAAAUAUGCCUGACUGAUCACUUCAAGCCUUUAUGGGCCAGGAAUGUGCCCAAGUUUGGACUAGCUCAUCUCAUGGCUCUGGGGCUGGGUCCAUGGCUGGCAGUGGAAAUCCCGGAUCUGAUUCAGAAAGGUGUGAUCCAGCAUAAAGAGAAAUGCAACCAAUGA